CCUGGCACAGAGACGCACAGAGGCAGAACUUUGCUCCUUCACUUGUUUGUUUAUCACUUGGAUGAGGGAGUGAUUACAUUCGGGGGUCACAGCCCUCGCAGCUCCUCACAGAUCAGUCCAAUUAGUUGUUCCCUUCUCGGUAGCAGCGAGGGGGUCAUUCGCUGCCUCGUGCUUCACACUUUCAGAAAAACUUGGACAACAGGAUGCAACGAACAACAGUCCUGGUUCCUCUGCUGAUCCUGGGAUGGAUCUGGACCCUCCAGGGGCUCCCGGUUCUCCCAGAUCCUCUCUAUCCCACACAGGAGAACUUUGACUUGAGCAAGUUUAUGGGAACAUGGCGUGACAUUGCUGUGGCGAGUUCAUGUCCCUACAUGCAGCGUCACAGAGGAGACGCAGCCAUCGGCAAACUGCUGCUGCAGAACGUAGCUGCAGGAGGAAAGAUAAAGACGACCCGAACAGUGCUCAGAAAUGGAACAUGUAAGGAAAUGACUGGAGAUUAUGAGCUCACCACCACACCGGGACGAUUCUUCUACCACAUCGAAAAGUGGGGUGCAGAUGUGGACGCUUACGUAGUUCACACAAACUACAACGAGUACGCCAUCGUGAUCAUGAGCAAGCAGAAGUCGUCAGGUGUUAGGAGCACCUCGGUUAAGCUUUACAGUCGAACAAUGGUGGUGAGACCCACAAUUCUGGACGACUUUAAAACCCUGGUCAAACAACAAGGAAUGAGUGAAAGCACCAUCAUCAUUAAAAAGAACAAAGGUGAUUGUGUUCCUGGAGUGCAGGUUGCAGUGCCGACAGCUCCACCUGAGCCUCAGCGAGUGAGAAGAAAUGUGGUGCCUUCUGUGAACCCUCUGGACAUCGAAGGUUCUGGGUUUGAUACACCUCUCUUCAAUGGAACCGAGGCGUGUAACGCAGCUCCGGAUUCAGGGCCGUGUUUCGGGCUGCACGAACAUUACUUCUACAACGCUUCCUCCAUGAGCUGCGAGCUCUUCAAAUAUGGAGGCUGUUUGGGGAACCAGAACAACUUUAAAACUGAGAGAGAGUGUCUGCAGAGAUGUCGAACAGAGGCUGUGUGUCGUCUCCCCAUGAAGGCCGAACCCUGCACCGGCCAACCAAGCAUCUGGGCCUUCGACUCCACCGUUGGUUUAUGCUUGGCCUACAAACCGGGCUUCUGCCAGACCAACGCCAACAAGUUCUACACCAAGGCAGAGUGUGAUGAGUACUGUGGCGUGGUCAGAGAAGAUGAUCUUCUGAUGUCAACCUGAGCAAAGAGGAAAUGGUGUCAACCUUCAGAACGCCUCUUACUGGGAUGAAACCCAAAUAGGAUCAUACAAUAUGCACAAAGUAAAAAUCAGAUGUAACAGAUAGGCAUGACAAACCCUCAAUAAAAACAUUCAUAAUUUG